AUGAUCUUUCAAAAUCCGGCUGCCGUCCAAAAUUACCGCGGAACUGCUACAGGUUCAACAACAACAUCAUCAGGAUACAAUCAGGUAGAUUUUCAUCCAGAACAAGGACGUCGAAUAAUAACAUCAGGAUUAACUCAACAAAUGACUGUUAAUCAAUCACCAGGAAAACAUCGUGAUGAAGUUCCACCAUCAUAUCAUCAAGUAACUAAUACAUCUUCUCCAUCGCAUGCUUAUAUUUAUCAGGAACCAACUGAAGUUUAA